ACAACAAAAAAAAAAACAGAACUUGGUGAACUCAGUCUCUCCGCCCACUAUCAAACUAUAUAUACAGUGAUUUCCAGUGAGAGCUCAUUGAUUGUCUUCAUCAUGACCAUCAUCUCUCUGCUCCUGCUGGCCUCUCUGCUGCCACAUCUGACCUUCACUGCUUCUCAGCAUGUGAAUGUAGGUAUAGUGAAUGGCACAGAAGCAAAACCCCACUCCAGACCUUACAUGGUUUCUGUUCAGUUGAAUAAGAAACACAUCUGUGGUGGAUUCCUCAUUUCUGAUGAGUUUGUGUUGACUGCUGGUCAUUGCAGGGAAGGGACUCAGAUUCUGACGGUUGUGGUUGGUGCUCAUGACUUAAGGAACAGUAAGAAUUCAGAUCGUAUCGGAGUGCAGUUCUACAUCCCACAUCCAAGCUAUACAAUUCAUCUUCCCUGGAAUGACAUUAUGCUUUUGAGGUUACAGGAAAAAGUCAACCUAAACAACUAUGUUGAAUGGAUAUCAUUACCAAAGAAAGGUGAAGAUGUCGAGGUGAAUACUUGUAGUGUUGCGGGCUGGGGAAAACUGUGUACUAAUUGCCAAAAGAGUGAUUGUCUAAUGGAGGCAAACGUGCAUAUAAUGAACAACAGUGAAUGUGAAAAGAGGUGGGAAUGGAUGUUUUCAGACUCACAGAUGAUGUGCACACAUGGCCAUGGUGGAUCCUGCAUUGGGGAUUCUGGGGGUCCUUUGGUUUGUGGAAACACUGCAGUUGGCGUCACAAUAUUUGGAUAUAAAUUCCUUUGCAAUUCACCUGUGAAACCUAAUGUGUAUAUUAAGAUUUCACCAUAUAUUCCAUGGAUCAACAGAAUAAUUAGAAAUGUGAAGUGAGUUCAGUUCUUAAAUUCUUUUGCAUA